AUGCUCCACAACAACGUACCCAACGGAAUAACCGUCGCAAAGAGAAGGAUGAUCGAUUCUCAUGUCCAUUAUUGGAACCCUGAUCGGGUGCAUAUUCCGUGGAUCUACAAAGCUGGUGGUAAAUUUGCACAGGCCCGGCUCGUACCAGAGUACUUAGAGCAGAUACCCGAUGAUAUUGAGGUCGAAGGGGUUAUUUUUGUCGAAGCGGACGUUGAGCCUACGCAAGGAUUGGUGGAAGCAAAGUGGAUACAUGAAUACGCAAAGCAGGUCAAAACGAUUGCUGGAUUUGGAGGCAUUUCCGGCCUGGUUGUUUAUGCUCCCGUGAACCAAGGCAAACACGUUGUCAACUACCUUGAUUUGUUAAAAUCCAUGGUGGAUUUCCAGCAUGUCAAGGGCAUACGGUUCCUGCUUGAAGAUCCAUCUCGAGAUCCCACCAUUCCAGCAAGCGAAACCUUUAUCGAAGGCGUACAGGCUCUGGCGGAUUAUGGCUUGUCGUUUGAUAUCAAUAUUAACUGUCAUGAUUGUCCUGAGCAAUUUCCUCCUGUGGUCGAAUUGGUCAAACGCUGUCCCGACGUACAAUUUAUACUGGAUCAUAUGGGCAAGCCUCCGAUUAGUGCAACCCCAGGCGAUAAGCGCUUUGAAUUUUGGAAGACCCAUUUACAGGCAAUUGCUCAGUAUCCUAACAUUGUUUGCAAGGUAUCUGGAGCAAUCACGGAGGUAGACGAGCGACAUGGCCUUCCCACAAGUGCUCAAGUCAAACAGUGCUUAGACGUAGUGGUAGAAGCGUUUGGCCAUGACCGAAUAAUGGCAGGGGGUGACUGGCCCGUGGUUGAAAGGAAAGGAAGCGAACUAAAAUCAUGGUUUGUACUCCUUGAAGAGAUUACCUCACAAUGGAGUCAAGCUGAUCAAGAGAAACUAUGGGCUGAAAAUGCGAAAAAAAUGUAUCGGAUAUGA